AUGCCUAACGAGUCAAGUGGGGAGGAGUCAGUUAUUGAAGACGAUGGCGAAUUGGCUUUACCUAAAACUACUCUUGUCCAGGCAUUAGAUAGUUUACAGGUUGUACGUAAGUACAUUGAAGAACAAUAAGAAAUUGGAGACGAGAUUUUUUCCGCGCUAAACGUUAUUGAAAACUUUACAGAUAGGUCAAACAUUAAGAAACAAUCAAAAAUAUCUGANCGAAUUUCUCGAUAAGUGGAAGUAAUUUUAGUUGAAUUUUAAAAAUAAUUUCAAUAACUCGAAUUUUUUUUGCAGAUUCGAGUUAUCGAAGUUUUCCAUAAGUCGAAUUUUUUUUUUCGCCCCCAACCGAUUCGAGUUAUCAAGGUUCCACUGUAUAUAUUAAAUUUCCCCUAUACUACCUUUCCAUCUUCUCACCUACAACAGUGACUCACCCACAUGCGAAGUAUGUCCGUUUUUUAUAUCGGUGUUUUGGCAUGACUAUUGAGUUUUACAAGUUACAACUAUUUCUCUUUUUUCUUAUCAAUUGUCAAAGAUAAGACGUAUUGAAAUUUCGUCACUAAUUGUUAUAUCCCUUUUUUAUUCAAGGUUUAUAGAUAAUAGUGGUCGCCUCAUAGUCUUGUAAACAAACACUCCCUUAUUAUCUACUGAUGUCACUUAAAGUAUACAUUUGGGAGCAUAAUGUGAGCAAUGGGUUAUUCACUGUAUGAAAAAGCAAAUUCGAAAUGACUAGAAUAUAUUGUAAUUACUUAAAUUAUUUUGACGAUGCUCAUAACUUUAUUAGACUACAUUUUUAACUACACAUCUAGUGAAUGUAGACACACAUAAAUAAUGAAUAAUAAUAAUAAUAAUAAUAAUAAUAAUAAUAAUAAUAAUCGUUUUUUCGUAAGCAACGAUAAACCAUUGCUUACAGGUAUACAUUAAAUUAUCUAUAACAGUGUCUGCGCUCGUCUCUGUUAUCCAAAGACGUCUUUUUUUUUAGGUAUCGAAACUUAAAACCAUCAAUUAUCAAUAAUUUUUUUUUACUACGCAUAAUCCUAAAUAAGAACCUGCUCGGUCCCUUUGAUAACCGGCCUGACUUAAGGAGUGGCAUAAUAAAAUCAAACACCAACAAAUUAUAACAAUUAUUUGAAGUUUUGAAAUCCAGGGGGGGGGAGGACAGAUGCUCGGUUCCCCCUCCCCCUCCGGGCACCCUUGAUUACCGAUAUGAAUAUUGUAAAUAGAUGUUGUUAUAAUUAAUAAUAUCAUAGUAUAUAAUAUUAUGGAACUAUAAAAUUGUUGAUAAAUAUGGACGUAGGCAUUAUCAAUAAAUACACGUGCGGAUGAUCGCGCGAUGCUUGAUUGACCCGGGUGUGAUAAACCUAAUUCUAGACGAAUUCGGAAAAUUACAACUACUCAAAGUAAGUCCAUUACAUCAUAAUAAAAAGCGAGUCCCUAAAAGGGUUUCUUUAAAAAUGACGGAUUUCGUGGAUAGCGGUAGUCCUGUCCCUUAAACGACUAUAUUAGCCCUCUCCACCCCGAAAAAAAUUGUACACGACCCCCUGAAAAUGUAUGACAAUAUUACGUAAACUAAUUAUCUGUAAAGUUAAGUUCCAUUCCAAUUUCUGUUGGGCAUACAUAUCUCUUUAUUAUUCAAAUGCAAAAUAAUUUUAGGUUCUGUAAAAAAAUGUAUUUGGUGUUAUUUAAUAGUGUAAGUAUUUGAAUUAAAUAGGCGUAAGUUGGUAGGUACUGUUAGUUACGAUAAAUUACUUUUCAACUAAUAAAUUAGUUUUAUAUGAAUUUAGUUAACGGCAUAAUAUUGCAUAUGCAUUUUCUAUCAAUUCCGUUUGCUUGCCACUAUAUACGAUAAAUUAAUUGAACUAUAUUGCCAUAAACACUUUGAAACAAUGUAUGUUUAAUAGGCAAGUUUAAAAUUCAAUUUACGAAAAAUGUAUUAAAUUUUAUAACAAUAAUUGAAUUAUUAUUAUAUUUUAGAUUUGAAUAGUUCAAGGGAUCUAUCGGUGCUUUUUUUUUUUUUUAGAGUCCAACAGUGAUCUUAUUAUUGACUCUAAUCACUAAAAUAAUCGCGUCACGCAGUAAUGGACCGGUCAUGUGUUGAUAACGUGUUAUUGUGUGCAUAAAUUAAGUUCUUAAUGCAUACAAAAAAAAUAGUACCUAUAAGUUACAUAAUUAUUACAAUGAAAUAAUAUUAUUAUAAUCAUUGUGCUCAUAACCCUCCUCAUUCUGCUUUAAAUACUAAAGAAUAAUAACUGCACAAUUCAAAACAAGAAAUUAUCUAUACACAUGAAACAAUUUGUCGUGGGAUUGGAGUAACUACACAAUUUAUUUUUAAAAAAAGCAGUUCUCCUUAAAGGAAAUUUAUUUUGCAGUAAAAAAAGAAAACAUAUAUAUAAAAUAAAAUUAAUAGGUAUGGUAAAUACGAACGUGCACUCACGUGAGGAACCGAACAAAACCUAAAUAAGAAUAAUAAAAUAAUAUAGAAACAAAAUAUAAAUCCCGAAAUACUAAUCAACAUACGAUUACAAUUAAUUAAUAAAUAAGUACCUAUUGCGCAAUCAUGGCAUUAAUAAGGACAUUUAAAAACAUACACACAGUUUAAACAUUUAACACACAAUAUGUAAAAAUAAUAUGCACAAAGUAUAUCCCAGUCCCCACACAAUUGGUAUCCAAUACCCGUACUAGACUGUCUAUAAAAAGCAGAAUAACAUGUCAUUGAAAUUUCAAUUACAAAACAAAAAUUAAUUAAAAUUAAAAUUUUGAAAAAAAAAAUGAAUUUGCGUAAUAAACAUUAAAAUAUUUAAUUUGAAAAACCAAUGUUAUUAUCACCACAGGAUACAUAGGAUUAAAAUUACUCCACAAAAUUUAAUAUUGUGAAAAAUCUAAGUAUGCAAACAAAUCGUUGUUCACUAAACUAAAAAUUACAAAAAAUCUGAAUUUAAAUUUAUGCAUAAUUCAACCAUACAAAUGGGGUGAUCAUGCUUAAAAAUUCACCCUGUAUAUUAUACUAAAUCUUGAUAGGUUAUAAAGAAAAAGUAUGUAAAAAAUAAUGGCUCUUAAAAAUUAUUCGUAUCCCUCUUCUCUUCCCCCAUGACAAAAUCAUCUGACCACCACUGAAUCUAGUACUUUAUCACCUAAACUUACCUAUAUUUAUGGAUAUUAUUAUAUGGCCUUGGUACCCACACUAUAGAAUUUUAAAAUCAAACCAAUGUCAUUAUUUAGUAAGGAAUUUCUAAUUUUUUGGUAACCUUUGUUUUUGAAGAAAAACACUUUCAUUUUCUGAUUGCUGCAACUCAAAAAAUUCCGAAUUUCCUACUAACUAAAUAAUAGUGUUGUUUUGUUUCAAAAUUCCAAAGUGCGGGUGCCAGAAUGACCGAUCCUAUUAUAUAAAGAGCCAACACAUUGUUUUUGUCCACACUCAUUGUUGUUCAAAUCAAUUGACCUGUCCUGUUAAAAAAAUUAAUUUUAGAAUCUCAACUUUUAAUUAAUUUAGUCUUAUGAAAAUAGUAAGAAUCAAUCAUUCCUCUUUGGAGAAUAACCCAAUUACUAUUUAUGUAAAUAAUGUUAUGUCUUAUGUGUUUCUGUUAAAUAUAAUACUGUUGCGCAAAUUAGUUUUAGGAUCAUUAUCCUAUGUGUAUUGUCACAGUUUUCAAAAGGUAAAUUUAUUUUGAUUGGUUCAUAAUAACAAUAAUUUAAUUUUUAUUAUACUGUUUAUCAAAUAAAAGUAGGUUGGUUUGUUUGUACUGUGAACACUGCAAUUUAGAUAAACAAAAAAAAAUAACAAAACCUAUACUGCUGUUAUAGUGUAUUAGCUCAGAUUUUAUUUAUUUUAAAUUUUAUUUUUAUUAUAAGUCCAAUAAAUGUAAUACAAAGGUUUUUAGAAAGGUACAUACUGAAUACUGAAUCCAAAAUACCUUAUUAAUAAAAUAUAACAUGAAUACAAAAAUGAAAAGAAGCAAAUUUGUAUAAAAUAUUAUUUUAUCAACUUUAUAAGAAAAAUAAUUAAUUUGAUAUAAUUUGUAAUAAAAUUGUUACAACUUCAAUUAUAUAUAACAAUAUUAUAAACUUAAUUUAAUUAUAUAGGUACUUAAAUAUAAGAUUAUCACAACUUGAAAAUAUUACGAUUUAAAUACAAUAUAUAGUUCUAAACUGGAAAAAAAAACAAAAUUUACAUAACAAAUGAAAAAAAAAAAAAAACAUUACAAUAAUUGCAACACAUAUUAUAUUUUUAUAAACAGUAAAUGGAAUGAAGUAUACUUAAAUUGUAAUAAACAGGCAUAGCAAUAGUAAUUAAAACUACAGUAUAUAAAUAGAUGAUUAUAUAAGUAUAAAAUAUAACAUUUUAUUUAAUAUAAAUAUUAUAAUAUUACUUUAUGAUUUAAGGUUUAUGGGUUCACUAAAAUAAAAUAUAUUUAUAUAUUAAUAAACUUAAACUAAAUAAUUAUUUCUAUCUAAAAAAAAAAAAAAAUUAAAGCUGAAUAUCUAAGAAAUGUAUUUUAAUUUAAAAGUGAAUUUCAAAAUAUGUUAAUUUUACAACAAAAUUAACUACGCCACUAAAUGAUUUAAUAUAAUAAACCCUUAACUUAGUACUGUAUCUUUUGGAUACACUAUGUUCUAUAAAUACUAGAAUUAAAUAUUUUAGCAUUUGUGUAUUGUACACACUAAUAAACAAUAUUAUAAUCACGUGGUGAUGUGUUUUUGAUAUUGCCAUAAAAUACCUAACCAAAAUAUUAAGACUUACAUAAAAUUGAAUCAGGUACAUCUCAAUAUAAUUAUGCUAAUAUUUUAAUUAUAUUUAUUGAGUUUUUUCAUUUUAUAUGUAUUUUAAAAAUAUUUAUUCAAAAAGAUAAUAAUUAGAAGGCUCUAUUUAUAUUUACAUUUCAUAUGUAUCCAAAAAGAUAUGUUGCUAGAAGACUCUAUUUUGUUAAUAUCCAUAAUUGCUAAAAUUAAACUUAUUUUUAUGGAUAAAUGAUGACUUUGUAGAUCUCUUAAAAUAUUGGCAAUAACUACACUAGAAGAUAGUGGUAAAAGUUCUGAUGAAGAAAAUAUCAUAAGCAUAGUUCAAAUUAUUUGCGAGGUGGGGAAUCAAUGGUAUGGUAUAUGAUUUUUUGCCCUACAGUGAUGAAAUUACAUUUGAUAAAUUUACUUUCUGUGAUUAUAAAAACAAAUAUUUUGGACUUGGCUCAAAGGAAAUACUUGUAUUCCCAAACACUACACCUAUUAAAAAUUUUAGUGUAAAAUUUUUUUGAUAAUUUUUCACCACUCUGAGUUGAAUUAUCAUUUAAAAGAAAACUACAGAAUUCUAUAUUUUGGUACUGUUUAAGAAAAUAGACUUCAUAAUUGUCCUAUGUUAAAAGAGAAAUAACUUUUUUUAAAAAAAGGAAAAGGCAGUUAUUCCUAUAAAUGUGAUAAAAAAAAAAAAGCCUUAGCUCCUAAAUGGCUAGAUAAUAAAUUAGUUUGUUUAUUCUUUUGUGUUCUUACAUCCCAUAAAGACAGUAAAACAGUAUUCAAAAUUUUCAAAAUGUUAUGCAGAUGUUCCAGUACCUAAAAUAGUGAAACAGUAUAAUUCUCAUAUAGUUGUGGACUUGACUGGCAUACUGGUGACAUUGUACAAAACAGAACUUAAGACACACAAAUGGUACAUGACAGUGCUUUUACAAAUGUUUGAUAAGGGUACCAGUAAUGCUAGGUUAUGUUAUCAACAAGAUUGUCAUCCAUUCAAACAACAAAAAGUAAAUUAA